CAGGUGUCCGGUAUGUCUACUCUUACAGAACUUGACGAAAGCAAUGUCGAACGUCCAAACAUCGAACCCACAGCAGCUACAGCCUCCAGAAGAGCAAGAGCUUGAAAUUGAGGAGUGGGUCUCUAAAGAAAGGUCCUCUGGCACGGUCGUACGAAAAGAACUCAUCAACUGGUUUGCGGAGCGGGUUCAUCAUCGAGACAGAACCGGAUACCAAGUCACGUCUGAUUACGCCGGCGAGUUUCUGCAUCGCCACCCAGACUUGGCGGGGAGGCUCAUCAAGCCUACGCCUCCAUUGCCAAAGGACGAGAGGGAAACCAUCAGGCCGUUAGCCGCCCUCCGGCGGCAGAGGAUGCAGCAGGAUCGCACGCGGAGAAUGUUUGGCGAUAACCCCCCGCCGGAGCGGCAGCCGGCUCCUUUCCCCGAGGGUGACAUUAUUCACCACAUCCAUAACCGCUACAUCAUCCGGCAUGGCAAUACUAUCACCAAGAUUACAACAAAUGUGCACGGCUUCGGCCGAAACGACACACCAAACGAAGCGGUUGCACUGCGUUUCAUAAAAGCCAAUACCACGAUCCCAGUACCCGAGGUGAUUAGCAGUGACUGGGACCGCGUGACUAUGGAGUACGUUGAGGGCCAAACGUUACAACAGGCCUGGCCAGUCCUCACGCCCAGCCAACAAUCCGGAAUCCUGGCCCAGCUUCGCGACUAUAUUGCCCAAAUGCGCUCCCUGAGCGGUACCUCUCUCGGCCGCCUCGACGGCCAGGGCGUCGUAGUCCCAAGCCUUAUGAUGGAGCGCGGGGGCGGGCCUUUUGGAUCUCUAAGGGAGUUCCACGACUGGCUGGCCAGCCCGCUGCUGCGCAAAAACGCACGCUCUAUGUACUGGCACCAAAUUACAACACAACUCGGUGCCGACUACCCUAUUGUUUUUACACAUGCUGAUAUUGCCGCGCGGAAUAUCAUGGUGCGAGACGGGCGCAUUGUUGCUGUUAUAGACUGGGAACUUGCGGGCUGGUAUCCAGAAUAUUGGGAGUACGUUUUUGCAAUGCGUGGAUUGGAUAAUGUUGACUGGGAGACAAUUGGCCAGCAUAUUCCAUCCCUCUUUGAUAAGCGCCAUGACCUAGAGUACAUUCUCUUGGGGUUCAUUCUUAAUCUUUGAUUAAGCAAACCCAAUAGUUUUACCUUAUGUUUGAGACCCUAACAUCACUUCUUCAA